AUGACACUUUCUUCUCAACUUAAUCAAAUUUUACCGCAAAAAUUUUUUGGGUUUGUUCCUCUCUAUAUAGGAGUUGAAUUAAUCUUAGCUGUUGCAAUAAUAAACAAAGCAGGAGGUGUCUAUGGUAUUUUAUCAAUUAUUACAGGGCACCCCUUAAAUUUUUGGCAAUGGCUCUAUAACAUAUUAGCUAUAUUGGUCUUACCAUCCUACAUAUCCGGACUCAUACAUUUAAAGAAUAGAAAGAAUAACACAAGAAAAUUAUCAUUGGCAUGUUUAAUUUACGUGGUAGAUUCAGUCAUUGGAUUAUUGUAUACCUAUUAUUUCAUAUAUUUCUGGUUUAGCCGAGAAGACAAUAAUCCCACUGCUGAUCCCCUCAGUCAGAGAGACAAUAUCAUCGCAGAUGAAGUGAUUUCUCCUUCUUCAACUCAAGAUUUAAACGUAUUAGCUUCGCAAUCUGCUUCUCCUGGAAGAGAAUUGUUUUUAACGGUAAGCAGCACUAUCAUUAUUACCGGCAUUAGAUUUUACUUUACUUUAGUCGUGCUUUCAUUUACUAAGGCAUUAUUAAAGCAAGAUCUGCUUAACAUGAAGUAUGAUGAUGGAAAUACGGAAGAUGAUGAAGAUCAACUCUUAUCUGGUGACGACGGCAUUGCUUCUAAGUAUAAGAAGUAUAUGUAUAAUUUAGAGAUAAAAUCAAAAGAAAUUUUACGUAACUUUUUUAGCUAA